ACUCCUGUCCAGAGGGUGGCGCUGGUGAGUCAGGUCUGCGUUGUUGAGCAACGUUGGAAUGCAACGAAGAGAAGACGAAAACGAACGUAGCUUGAAUUACCCUCAGCAGCGCCAUGUCGAAAAGAAAAGUGACUUUUGAGGACGGAAACGGGGAGUUUGACCUGGAAGACGACGCCCCGAAUAAAAAGAUUCAGAACUUCGAGGCUGUCAGUGGACCGGGCUCCAGAUUCAAGGGUAAACAUUCCCUCGACAGUGAUGAGGAGGACGAUGGGGACGCCGCAGAGAGCAGCAAAUACAACAUUCUGGACACCGAUGAUGUGGAGGGCCAAGAAGGGGCAACAAUUGACUACGACGAAGGAGUGUCCAUCACUCCUUUUAACCUGGAUGAGGAGAUGCAAGAAGGACACUUUGACUCAGAGGGAAACUAUUUCAUCAAAAAGGAAACACAAAUUAAAGACAACUGGCUUGACAACAUAGACUGGGUGAAAAUAAAAGAGCAGCCUUUCAAGAAAAAGAAGAAAGGCCUUGCAGCCAAACGAAAACGCAGAGCUGGCGAUGAGGAUGAGGCCGAGGAAGAAAAACGGAGAGAAGAGCAGCAGGCCGACCAAGAAGAUGAGGAAGAGGAGGAGACCGAGCCCGCGGAGGAUCCGCUGGCGUCCUACACACAGCAGCAGCUCACCGAAGCCGUGGUCGAGAUGUUGCAACCGGGCGAAACGGUCGCCGCCGCCCUCCGGAGGUUAGGAGGACUGGGUGGACGAAAGAAGGCAAAGCUGAGGGAAGAAAAGGAGCCCACAGAGGAGUCUAAAAGGGACACGGAAAAGCUCGACAGGCUCACAGCCUUGGCGGACAGACUGGUCGGAUCGGGGAUGUUUGAGAUAUACCAACAAACCUAUGAAAAACUGGCCUACCUGAUGAAGAGCAUGACCAGCAAGCGGCCGGCGGUGGCACAGAAACGAAGCGGAGACGAAGGCGAGGAGGAGGAAGAGGAUGAGCUCGACAUGUUCGGUGACAAGUUUGACGAGAAGGUUACCGAAAAAUCCGAGAACAAGGACGAGGAAGGCAAAACAGUGAGCGAUGAAGUCAUGUGGGAAUACAAAUGGGAAAACGAGGAAAAGUCUGAAAUCUACGGCCCCUUCAGCAGUGAACAGAUGCAGGGCUGGGUGGAUGAAGGCUAUUUCAGCAGCGGCGUCUACUGCAGGAGGGUGGAUCAGGGGGCAUCUCAGUUCUAUAACUCCAAAAGGAUCGAUUUUGACCUCUACACAUGAAUCCCGUUCACCCUCGAAUGAAUCUCAGCCGACGUCGUGUGUUAGCGCUUACUGUGGAUUCUCUUGUCUUUACAUCCGGGUUUUUGGUCUAAAAAUGUUAUUAUUUCAACCCUGCCUUUGCUCUCUGCAAGUUAUUUUUAAAUAAAAAAAAUGUCACCGUGUGUGGUGUUUUGACCUUUUUCUUUUUGUGCUCUGGAUGGAGAUCAUAUUUUACGUGUUAAAUAUGUUGGUCUUCUAAAUAAACAACGGAUCCCAAUGUCAGAGUAUCUUCAUCGGCUCUUUAAAUCUGACGAAUUCUGUUAUUUUAUUGAACAGGAUGCUUUGCACCGUAGGGUCAACCCUAAAAAAAUUAAAGGUGCUAGAGACUUUUCUGUGAACUCAAACUCACCUUAUAUAUAAUCACUUAUAAAAAAAUGUCAUUCUUUCUGGUUUGCUUUUCUGUUGUAAAAUAUUAAAGAAAAUCUACCCUCC